AGACCUUCGGUAGAUCUCGAACUCGAUCCUCCGCGGGCGGUGAAGAAGACAAAGAGUAAUCCAAACCGGAACCAGUAGUCCGCCAUAUUGGAAAUCGGUGUUGUUUUCGUGUGAACGCCCCCUUUUCGCGCCGUGAUAGCCGCAUCGGUAUUUUUCGUGUCGUUAAACGAUAUUAAAUCAUUGUCAUCUUAUUUCGAGUACUGUAGAGUUAUUAAAAGUACUCACGAAGUACUUUUUUAUCGCUUUCAUAGCAAAAUACGCUGGAAAUAUGUUAUUUUAGCUACUAUAGAGGGCCAUAACCUACCGGAGUUGAUGAUUUGAAGCCGCAGCUUAGAGUACAUCUGUUGGACGUGUGAAACGUUUUGAGUACAUCUGUUGGACGUGAUAAACACUAUCAGUAAUGACUGACAUUUAUACUAAUUCAUGGAUAGGGCUUCCCCAUUUUGACGUUGGUUUUAAGUCCUUGGGUCCAAAUGGGGGACUCAAUGCAUCUUUACAGCUUCUUUUACAUACUCCUCGGUUUAUUCUUGCUAUCAUGUCAGAAGUUCUGCAUGACAAAACUGCUUGUGACGAAAAAUUCUGUUUGUGGUGCUUGUUGAAAACACUUGUGAACGAUAUGAACGAGAAACAAAAAGCAGAGGCUGUGUCAUUCCCUGAUGGCUUUUCUACACACUUUGAUGGGCUGGGUGGUGACCCUUUCCCUUACUUGCAAAAAAUCUGCUGUACACUUUCCCAUGAACUAUGUGAAGUGAAUCCUGACAUGAACUUGUCAUUAUCUGAAUUACUGCAAUGUCUUCAUGGCAGCCUGGAGAAAAAAAGGAAGUGCUCAGAGUGUGGAAUGGAAACCAACAAGACAUUGCUGCAAGUUGGUCUUGAUGUGCUGGUUGAUGACAGUGAAGUCAUAUCUUGCCAAGAUGCUGUUCUACGUUAUUUUUCCUCCAGCAGUGCUGAGGAUGAUUGGUGUGCGGAGUGUAAUGCUAGUACGGGUCAGAAUACCCUAUCAAGUAGUUUUGCUUCAUCCCCACACAUGUUGUGCCUGAAGUUCUCUAGAUUCACAGCCGUCGGGAGAAAAAUUGGUGCAAGUGUCUCUGUAGACAUGGACCUACUGUUGCCUUCCGGAGCUGAAUACAAAUUCGCAGGCUGCAUACUUCACGAGGGUGAAAGUUCCCGUUCUGGCCGGUACAUGACACUUGUGAGGUGUCCCUCUGGUUCAUUCACCCUCUUAAAUGAUGCUAUGGUGUCACCAGUCAGACGAGAGUACCUUCUGGCUGAUAAGUCAAUACGUAAAAAAAUCUACAUAGUUAUGUAUGAUUUGCAAGUGAAUAAUGCAACUGAAAAGCCUGUUGGAGAUUUAGCUCUUAACACUUCAGUUAAGUCAUUGCAUGGUUCUUCAUGGACAGAAACCUCAUUUCCAUGGGAAGUGCAGCUGGACACUUCUAUUCUGUCUACCCCGUCUAAGAGGCCAGAAGCAGAAUUUCCAUGGGAAGUGCAGCUGGACACUUCUGAUCAGACUUCUCCAUCUAAGAAGGCAGAAAAAGAGUUUCCAUGGGAACUGGACUUAUCAAUUCGUUCCACCCAUUCAGAAACCUGGCUGGUUACACCACACAAAAAUGUUCAAGCUGAGGUUAUACCUAAUUCGCCUGAAACCACACAGACUGUAGGAAAUGAGGUUGAUGACCAAAUGGACACAUUUUAUGGAAGUGACACAUCGUACGAGUCUAUAUUAGAACCAGAACAACCAAAGGCUAAAAAGAAAAUAGCAUGCCGAGUUCUUGACCUGGAUUGGACUGAUCAGGAAGUGGGAGGAAUAAGUUCUGGACUUCCACCCAGUGUUUCAGUUCAACGAGUUAUUGUGAGAUACGCAGUUUGCAAGACAAUGCCAGAGAAGGAUUUCAAAUUCUUCACUGGAUUAUCACAAUGCAAUUUUGAUGUUCUUUUUGAAUUAAUUGGAGGAGAUUACGUAGUGGACAGACUAAAAUAUGAAUAUAAUGACAAGACCCCUGAAAAAAUGAUGCCCUUCAAGAAGUUGUCAGCAAGAGACAGACUCUUCAUGAUGCUUGUGAGAAUGAGGAGAGGUGUGCCUCUAAGAGACCUGGGGUAUCUUUUUGGUAUAAGUGAGUCUCAAUGCUGUACCAUCUGUAAAACAAUGAUUAGGACAACUUAUGAAUGUUUAAGUUCUUUCAAGAAAGCCAUGUUUGUAAGUGCAGAGAAGCAAAAGAAGGGCAUGCCUGCUCCUUUUCGACCCUUCAAAAAUCUGAGGGUCAUAAUUGAUGCUGCUGAGUUCAAAAUUGAAAGACCAUCAGAUUUUCAGCAACAAGGCAACACGUACUCAGAGUACAAACACUACAAUACUGAAAAGUACUUGAUUGGUACUUCAACCAAAGGUUCAAUUAUUUUUUGCAGUGAUGGGUUUGAAGGUCAUAUAAGUGAUAAUGAAUUAGUGAAGAAAAGUGGCUUCCUAGACUAUCUCACAGAAGGUGAUGCUGUUAUGGUUGACAGGGGAUUUCAUCUGGCAGCAGAGUUUGCUGAGAAAGGAGUUCGACUCAUCAGACCACCAGAUUUUAAGAAGAAACGGAAGUUCUUCACAGCAGGAGAAGAAAUUUUUACAAGGCAGACUGCUUCUGCUAGGAUUUAUGUGGAACAUGCCAUCAAAAGUAUAAAAGAUUGGAGACUUAUCCGCUAUGUUGUGCCAAUGUCCAUGCAUGAUGUUUUACCUCAGCUAGUGUUUACUGCAGCCUUCCUUACUAAUUUUGAUGUUCCCUUCAUCAAAGUAAAGAAAACUUCAUCCCGUAGGUAAAAUGUGUUUGUAUUAUAUUGUUUGUAUUGUACAAGUGCCAUGAUAAACUUAAGAAUUGUUGAAUGUUUAAAGAAAAUACCUGUAUUAUUCUGAUGACUUUUUUAUUGAGCUGUAAAUUGGACAUCACAUUGCAACUACAAAAUAAAGCAAUCUACAAUUUGAAA